UGAAAGUAAUGUGCUGUGCUGGGCUGAAGCUGAUUUCCGUGAGCUAAGUGAGCAAGCAGCAGACAGACUGUGUGUUUGGAGGUCGUGUAUUACAUGAGCUGGGAGUAUUUUCAUGUUUAUAGUGUGAAGAUUAUACUGUGUAACAUCCCUGCAACUACUAGUAUAACAGAGAGCUCUUCCUCUGUGACAAGCUGCCAUUAGGUUCACAUGUGACUACUUUCUGAAACUGAAGUGAAAACAUCAAGAAUAAGUUUAAAGUAAACAUGAAUAGACUGUAUUACACUGGACUUUCAUGCUUCAUAUGGACAUUUUUCUCUGUGUCCCCAAUGGCCAUGGGCACGGGCGAUUCUAGUGACGUCUUUCCAUGGAACAAAUUUAGGUUACCAAAUGUUGUCACUCCUCUACACUAUGACCUCCUCAUUCACCCAAACCUAACCACUCUCACGUUUAGUGGCCUUGCCAAGAUCACCAUUGCUGUAGCACAACAGACCAGAUCCAUCAUCAUGCAUAGCAAACACUUGGCAAUUACUAAGACGAGUGUUGAAAGAAAAAUUGGAAGCGGACUUCUACAGCAAGAUUUAUUUCUUCUGGAGCAUCAUAUGAAAGAGCAAAUUGCACUAAGAGCCGCUGAACCUCUAAUUCCUGGAGAAAACUAUACCCUAUAUAUCGCAUAUACUGCAAACUUUUCAGACAGCUUCCGUGGGUUUUAUAAAAGCACCUAUAAAACCUCAGAUGGAGAGAUCAGAGUGCUCGCAUCAACCCAGUUUGAGCCUACUGCUGCGCGGAUGGCCUUCCCUUGUUUUGAUGAGCCAGCCUUCAAAGCCACUUUCUCGAUUAAGAUCCGAAGAGAAGCAAAGCACAGCGCAGUGUCCAACAUGCCCAUUGUGAGGACUGUGUAUGUGGCUGGGGGACUCCUAGAAGAUCACUUCGAUGUCAGUGUGAAGAUGAGCACAUACCUUGUGGCAUUCAUUGUUUCAGACUUCAAAUCGGUCAGUCAGGUGACGGAUCAUGGAGUUAAGAUCUCUAUUUAUGCUGCUCCCGACAAGAUAGACCAAGCUACAUAUGCAUUAGAAGCGGCUGUAAAGCUUUUGGACUUUUAUGAAGAAUAUUUCCGCAUACCGUACCCAUUGCCAAAGCAAGAUCUUGCUGCAAUUCCUGACUUUCAGUCUGGUGCAAUGGAAAACUGGGGGCUAACAACUUACAGGGAGUCCUCCUUACUCUAUGAUCCUAAGACAUCUACAGCAUCCAAUAAACUCUGGAUUACAAUGGUGAUCGCUCAUGAGCUGGCUCACCAGUGGUUUGGGAACCUGGUAACAAUGGAAUGGUGGAAUGAUCUGUGGCUGAAUGAAGGGUUUGCCAAGUUCAUGGAGUAUAUCGCUGUCAAUAUUACUUAUCCAGAGCUGCAAGUUGAGGACCGAUUCCUGGACAAAUGUUUUAGUGCCAUGGAAGUAGACUCUUUAAAUUCAUCUCACGCUGUGUCUACACCUGUGGAGAACCCUGAACAGAUCCAUGAGAUGUUUGACGAAGUCUCCUAUGAUAAGGGUGCUUGCAUUCUGAACAUGCUGCAGGAUUACAUGGGCGCUGAAAGCUUUGAAGUUGGCAUCAUACAAUACUUGCGUCGUUUCAGUUAUCGCAAUGCAAGAAAUGAAGACUUAUGGAACAGUAUGACUGACAUUUGUCCUUCAGAAGCAACUGCCAAUGGUAAUGAGGAAAAAAUCCGAUUCUGUGGGAAAAAUCGUAAAAAAUCUCACUGGACAGAGGGAGACAUCAUCGAUGUGAAGUCUAUGAUGAACACAUGGACUCUACAGAAAGGUUUCCCGUUAAUUACUGUUACAGUGAAAGGGAAGUAUGUCCACAUACAUCAAGAACAUUAUCAGAAGGGUGCUAGAGACUCUGAAUCAGCUGGGUUUUUGUGGCAUGUUCCAUUGACAUACAUCACUAGUAAAUCAAACACCAUUCAAAGGUUUUUGCUUAAAUCAAAGAAAGAUGUGCUGGUCCUGGCAGAGGAGGUUGAGUGGAUAAAGUUCAAUGUAGGAAUGAAUGGCUACUACAUUGUACAUUAUGAGGGUGAUGGCUGGGAUGUGUUGAUAAGACUCCUGAAAGAGGAUCACGCGGCUAUCAGCAGCAAUGACCGGGCCAGUCUCAUUAACAAUGCAUUUCAGCUUGUCAGCAUUGGGCGUCUACCAAUUGACAAAGCUCUCAGUCUAACAACAUACCUGCACAAGGAGGAUAAGAUUAUGCCGGUGUUCCAAGGAAUGGAUGAGCUGAUUCCUAUAUAUAAACUAAUGGAAAAGAGAGACAUGAAGGAGAUUGAAGAUCAAAUGAAGGCAUAUAUUUUAAACCUUUUCCGCAAUCUCAUUGAUGCACAGUCAUGGACAGAUGAUGGCACAGUAUCUGAGAGGAUGCUCCGCAGCUCCCUGCUUCUCUUUGCGUGUUUCCGCAAAUACCAGCCAUGUGUAGAGAAGGCUGAGGAGCUCCUGAAGAAAUGGCAGGAGUCCAAUGGUACUUGGAGCUUGCCACGUGAUGUUGUCAUGGCGGUCUACUCUGUGGGCGUUCAGACACCUGAAGGAUGGGACUAUUUGUUUGAAAAAUAUAAAACAGCUGCAACCGGUGAAAAGCAUCUAAUUGAAUACGCUUUGACUAUAACUCAGAAUAAAGAGAAGUUGCAAUGGUUAAUGGAAGAGAGUUUGAAAGGAGAAGUUGUAAAAACGCAAGAACUUUUACAAAUUGUCACCUCUGUGAGCAGGAACCAAGUUGGUCACAUUUUAGCCUGGGAAUUUCUAAAGAAUAACUGGGAUCACCUUGUUGAAAAGUUUGACCUGGGAUCUCAUACCCUUGGGAAUAUGGUUGUCGGAGUCACAAAACUGUUUUCUACGAGGGAGUGGCUAAAAGAGGUGACAGAAUAUUUUGAACUGUUGAAGGAAAAUGGUUCUCAGCUCCGGAGUGUUCAACAAGCAAAGGAGACUAUAGAAGAGAACAUUAAAUGGAUGGAUAAAAACUUUGAUCUUGUUAAGACGUGGCUGGAUAAUAAUAGUGUAUAGAUAUAUUUUUUUACUUUGUGUGAACCUGUGAAUGGGAUGUAGUUGGCAUCCUGACGUACGGGAUAGUGGCGGUCAGGAGACUGACGCCAGAAUCCCGACACCUCCUGGAAUGCCGAUGCUGGAAUCUCAACAGCAAGUAUGCUGGGUAGGGUCAGGGUUAUGCUGCUUGAAGGGAGGGUUAGUGUUAGGCUACUGGGGGGAGGAUUAGGAUUAGAGUUACUUCAAUUGUGCUUUCUUGCCGGAAUCAUGGCAGUCAGGAUGCUGGGGUCAGUAUUCUCAACCGCUGGCAUCCCUUACCCAACCCCUGUGAAUAUUGUUAUGAAUUGAUCAGAAAUUGCCAUUAAAAUCAGUGGAAUCAUUUGCCUGGACACCAUAAAAGUUAGUUGGAGCAUGACAGCUGUCAGCAUAGUUGCAAGCUCCUGCAAGAUCUGGCCACUUGGUAUCCACUUGUUUGUAGUGGAAAACAUCCUGUUUAUUAGAGGGUUAGAAUCUUUCAGCACUUUUUAUGUGACAUACUGUAUCUGCUGUUGCUAGGAGAUGGCCUAUAGAUCUAGUCCCUAUUACCAUUUAUACCUAAUUCUGUUUUUACAAAUUGGAAAAUGUGUGUGAAUAGAGGUUAGAGCUUGGUAAUGGUCAUUUUAGCUUUUUACAAACAUGGGGGGAAACGUAUGAAACCUUGAAAAGAGGUAAAGUACCAGCCAAUCAGCUCCUGUCAUUUUUCAAACACAGCCUGUAAAUAGAAGCUGAUUGGGUGGCACUUUAUUGUUCUCCAAGGUUUGAUAUAUCACCAUAUCGCCCACGAAUUGAAACCCUUGAGGGUAGUAAUAAUAAUAGUAAAAUAAAUUUGAUUGUAAUUGAAAA